AAAAGACAGUACCUUUUUUUUGUCAAGAGGUCAUUUUUAUCUCCAAAGAAAAAAAAAAGAGAGAACUUUCGGAUUCUUUGGGAUAGACAAGAAGAUCAAACAUAUCAUGGAAGACAGAGAAUGGGUGAUUUGAUUUGAUUUGAUUUGAUCAGACAAAAGGAAAACUCAGAAUCCUCCUCCCGGGUGCUGUCCUAUAGAGCCAUGAGAAUAUCGACGGGAAGGCUUCUCUCGCAUUCCCUCCGGAGAAUCCAUGGAAGACCUCGGAUCAUGGAGUCUCGGAAGAUGUCGAGUUCGUCGGAAUCAUCAUUUGCCGGUGAAGACCCUCCCAUCGACGCAGGAUCUUCCAUGCGGAAACCCAUCAGUCUCUGGCCCGGAAUGUAUCAUUCUCCGGUGACCAACGCGCUCUGGGAAGCGAGAAGUAAGAUAUUCGAGAAACCCGCCGGAGAUGUUUCUCAGUCGGAAUUGGCGGCCAGAUCUCCGUCGCGUAGCCGGACCUCCAUUCUCUACAAGUUUUCCUCUGAUUUCGUGCUUCGUGAGCAGUACAGGAAUCCGUGGAACGAGAUUCGAUUGGGUAAAUUGCUCGAAGAUCUCGAUGCUCUUGCUGGAACCAUCUCCUUUAAGCAUUGCAGCAGUGAUGAUGGCACCACAAGGCCAAUGAUACUGGUGACUGCUUCUGUGGACAGGAUAAUUUGGAAAAAGCCGAUUUGCGUUGAUGUUGAUUUGAGUAUCGUAGGUGCUGUUACAUGGGUCGGAAGAUCUUCCAUGGAGAUCAAAUUACAAGUAUUUCAACCAAGUGGAGAUACUUCCGGAUCAGUUGCUCUCGAGGCAAACUUCACAUUUGUUGCUCGGGAUGCCAAGACAGGCAAGUCCACUCCAAUAAACCCAAUCUUACCAGAAACUGAACAUGAGAAAUUCCUCUGGAGGGAAGCAGAAGAGAGGAACAAACUACGAAAGCAGAAAAGAGCAGAAACUAAAGAAGAUCAUGAGAAGCAGAAAGAUUUGGACAGACUGAACGAGCUAUUAGCUGAGGGAAGGGUGUUCCUGGACAUGCCAGCUUUGGCGGACCGAGACAGCAUUCUGAUAAAGGAUACUUCAAAUGAGAACUCACUGAUUUGUCAGCCACAGCAAAGGAAUGUUCAUGGCAGAAUUUUCGGAGGUUUCUUAAUGCGCAAGGCGUUUGAGCUGGCCUUCUCAAACGCUUACGCCUUUGCUGGUGUAGCACCGCGUUUUCUAGAAGUUGAUCGUGUCGAUUUUAUUACACCGGUUGAUGUCGGGAACUUCCUUAGACUGAAGUCUCGUGUUCUGUAUACAGAAGCCAACACUUCAGCUGAACCAUUGAUAAACAUUGAAGUUGUGGCUCAUGUUACACGGCCCGAGCUCAGAUCCAGCCAAGUGUCGAACACGUUCUACUUCACAUUCAGCGUGAGACCAGAAGCCAUGAAACAUGGAUUGAGAAUAAGGAACGUGGUUCCAUCGACAGAAGAGGAAGCGAGAAGGGUUCUUGAACGAAUGGAUGCUGAGACUGAAAGCCCGCUCUCAUCGUCGUAGCCUCCUCAUGCAUGCAUGUGAUCUCUCCACGUUGGCUGAUAACACUUAGUUUUUAUUCUUGUAAUCAUCUCCUUCCUCCUCUUUCAGUUUCGCCCCUUUGGAUAUGACUUUGAUGGUUUUCAGCCCUUUCAUCAUGAGAUUGAGAGGGGUUUUGUUGGGUAGAAGACUUUGAUCAUCAUCAUCAUCAACAUGACAUGCAGAUUUUUAUGAUGCAUAUAUUCAGAGUUGUC